UGCAUUGGUUGUCUGGUUAACUGAGCUUGACUCGAAGGCAGAUUGUUUGUGACCAGCCAGUAUGGAGGACGCAUUCGCACUCGUCGUUUUAACACUGUUACAACUAUGUCGAGCAGAAAUAACAAAUACAGAGUGGUACGCAGCAAAUCUCAUUAACGACCCAAACUUCACGCCAAAACCCCUUACUGAGAUAUUUACCACUGACUUGAAUUUUACGCCAAGAAUUCCGACCAUAUCAACAGAAUUUUUCACUCGAACUACACCUCCUGUUACGACAGAUUCGACCACUGUAUCAAGUUCUACUCCUCCGACGACUACGAAUGAAAAUCGAGAAACAUCAACACAAGGCCAGACCCGAGGAGUACCAUUUCAAAUCGUAGGAUUUCCAGUACCUCAACAGCCUCAAACAAAUUUCCAAUUAGGGAAUAACCAAAAAAAUGAAUUGUCAAGUUUUGUACUAAUUUAUGACCCAAGACAACAAGCAGGUCAAAUAUUUCAACAAUCAUUAACACCGAGAUUAUCGACUGUGAUUCCAUCUGCUGUAACAGAAACACAAUCUCCUACCACAACGCAAACUUCCACCACAGCUACUCAAUCUACAACACAAACAAAUACACAAGGAUCUACGAUUUUGUCGAGAAAUCUUCAAACACAAAAUAUUCCUUUGACACAACCAAUUAUACCAACAAGUUUCGUUCCCGGACAAUGGGGUGUUAGAAACAUUGUUUAUCCAAUACCAAACUUCCCAGUCGGUAACAAUAAUUGCAACACGACAAAUACCCCAGAACCAGUUACUGCAAGCUCCACUCUACAAACUCAGACUGUACAGCCUGUAAACAGUAAACCUAUUUUUACGGUUCGCUUAAAAUCACCAAAGGGUUCGAUAACGAACAUUCGUAUCAACCCAACUACAACGAAAAAGCCCACAACGACAAGGCGACGGAAAUCAAACAAAAAGACGAACGAUUACGAAAUAUGUUUGAGUUCAUGCGACGGCAAAAAGGAACCCAUUUGCAGCGGUCCUAUUGGAGUAUUCCCGAUUGAUCCAGAUAGGCUGAAAGGUUUCGCUUCAUUGUGUCAUAUGGCGUGUCACAACUCUUUUAGGAAAGACCAAGUCUAUGAGAAAGUAGCAGAUGGACGAUGUGGAAGGCUGCGUACACGCAUUCGACCGGUGGAUAAAAACAAACUGAACAGAGAAGAGUUAAACAAAGCUCAAUAUACAAUACUUCACAACGGCCCGGAAACUGUUAUGGAAUUUUCGUCUUUAAAACGUUAACAUUAGACAUAUUAUCGCUUAAGUAUUUGUCGAGAUAAGUUAAACAUUUAUACGCUAGUCGUGUUUAUAGACGAGAAGAAUUUUAUACAUUUAUUAAGUAACAAUCCUACGGUUAGUUGCGUGUUUAUGUAACUAUAUCUUACAAAUGAUGUGUUGUCAUUAAAUUCCUUCCUAAAAAUGUAUAGAUUUUGCUACUUCUUAUCUUACAUUAGACAUCUAAGUAAGAAUUGUAUUUGCCUAUUGUUAGAUAGACUGAUCUUGAUACUGUUCUUUAAUUUUUGUUUGACUACAAAAAAUAUUCCGUCCAAUUAGUUAUUACUUUAAUUAAUUUUAUUUUAUAUUUUUAUUGUAACUUUUUAUUAAGGUAUAAUUAAAACACUAUUUAUAAUUAAAAUAUUGUUUAUUGAUUGUAGUUUUUUCUUAGUCCAAUUAAUGAUAAUAAUAUUUACAACUUACAAGUUUAGUCUAAUACAUACACGAAUAUUAUUACAUGAAUAAAUCACAAUUAACCUCUGGUAAACCAGACUCCCCCGAGCGCGAGUUCCCGUAGUCUCCCGCGGGGUUGAAUUCAACCCCAGCACUCAGUCUACCGCACCGCCCCGCACGGCGCUGACCUCGCAUCUCCCGCGUAAUAUGAUUCGAUAAGUGAGACGCUACGCUACUUGAGACGUAGUUUUUUGCUCAUAACUCACAAGUUUCUACACUUAGAACACAAACGCUUAUAUUAUUUUGAAGAGUAUGAACUAAGUUUUAAUUUACUGUAUAAAAGGUGGUGUUCAUGUGCGUAUAUCAAUUAUAAAAUCGCGUUUGUUUCAGAGUGAGGGAGAGAAAAUGGUCUUAGUGCAAAGAAAUGUCGAAAAAAUAUAGUAUUAUGAUACAUUUGUCGUUGAUUCUACUUAUUCUGUUUCUCAAUAGUAUCUAUCUAGCUCUAACCGCAAAAGAAAUAUAUUGUGAUACAGCAAA